AUGCGAUACUCAAUUCUGCUCCCGGCUCUGUUAGCCAUACGCUCAACUCUUGCAAGACCGAGCCAACCCGAGAUCGCCAACACCACAACUCUACCCACUCACUUCGGUCUACUCACGUUUCCACACUUCCAAGCUCUCGACAUCUUCGGCCCCAUGGACGUCCUUAACUCGCUCUUCAUGUACUACCGAAACACCUCCAUUGUGCCGCGGUUUACAGUCUUCAGCAAGACCAUGGAUCCGGUGACGUCGGCUAUGACCGAUGGAGGUUUUGGUCAAGAGAUCAUGCCGGCCAUGACAUUUUCGGAGUAUCUGAACAAGCAGAAGGACCACGGUGAUGACGACAUACCCUCUGCAGGUGACAAGGGCGCAAUCGACGUCCUCAUCGUCCCUGGCGGUGGAGGGACUCGCAGAGAUAUGACGGAAGAGAUCAACUUCGUCAAGGCUACCUACCCAAGUGUAUGCAUAUUCCCCUGA